AUGUUGAAGAAGGUUCAUCUAGAACGCCAGCAGUGGAAAGAAUCCCAAGAUAUAUUUGGAGGAGAAGCCAAAAAGUUUGAAGGAAGACAAGAGCCCGUAGGCAGAAUUCGUACCAGUUUCAUGAAUUCAUCAGAACGGUUUAAGCAAAAAAUUGAACAACUUCCUGUUGCGACAGGAACUACAAAUAAUUAUCAAAAGCAGGCGGUUCAAGGAGUUAUACAUCCUCCGAUAAAAGCGAAAGGACAAAAAAUGAAUGAUGAAGUUUGGGUUGACAAUUUCAAACAAUUGAUGAAUCGUACUUCUUUUAUCUCGACUAACCCGUGUUUUGCUAUGGAUUCGAUGACUAGACCUGAUAGCAAAAUUCAGAUGCUGGAUAUGUAUAGUGAACUUCCAUUUGAUGAUCCAGAUGGGGGAGUUUGGAAGCAAGGUUACGAUAUUACAUACGAUAAAGUUUUAGUAAAAGAUCAAAAACAGCUCGAAGUUAUAGUCGUACCUCAUUCUCAUAAUGAUCCAGGUUGGAUAAAAACUUUUGAAGAAUAUUAUGAGGUCCAUACACAAAACAUAUUAAACAAUAUGCUAACUAGCUUACAAAAGAUGGACGAAAUGCGAUUUGUUUAUGCAGAAAUGAGCUUUUUCGAAAAGUGGUGGGCAGAAAUUGAUGAGAAAAGCCGGGAAAUUGUAAAACAGUUAUUGAAAUCAGGAAAGUUGGAAAUAUUGACUGGCGGCUGGGUAAUGCCUGACGAGGCUAAUUCUCAUUAUUAUGCAGUAAUCAGUCAGUUGAUGGAAGGGCAUGAAUGGAUCCAAAAUCAUAUCGGAAAAGAUUACAAACCAAAAAAUCAUUGGUCCAUUGAUCCAUUUGGUCUAAGUCCAACGAUUCCCUACUUUAUGAAAAUGUCCAAUCUGUCCAAUGGUGUAGUGCAACGAGUACACUAUUCAGUGAAAAAGUAUUUAGCUGAAAAACAGGAAUUGGAAUUUAUGUGGAGGCAGUUAUGGAGUGGUUUCAGCAAUACAACAGAUUUUACAAUGCAUGUGAUGCCGUUUUUCUCAUAUGAUGUACCUCACACAUGCGGUCCUGAUCCAAAAAUAUGUUGUCAGUUUGAUUUUAAACGAACUGCUGAAGGUGGUUUAAGUUGUCCAUGGGGAAUUGCAGCAGUUGAUAUUACUAAUGCAAACAUUAAAAAGAAAGCUGCUGUGUUAUACGAUCAAUAUCGAAAAAAGGCUCAGUUAUUCAAAACAAAUGUUGUUCUAAUACCACUUGGGGAUGAUUUUCGUUAUGAUAGUAAAUUUGAGUGGAAUGCUCAGUAUGAGAAUUACAUUAAAUUAUUCAAGUAUAUGAAUGCUGAGAAGGAAUGGAAUGUGAAUGCUCGUUUCGGAACAUUAAAUGAUUAUUUUCAAUUAGUUCACCAGCGAUUGCACGAAGACAAAACUGAUUUAUCUGUUUUGUCAGGCGAUUUUUUCACUUAUGCCGACCGCAACGAUCAUUAUUGGAGUGGAUAUUACACAAGUCGCCCAUUUUACAAGCGUUUGGAUCGGGUAUUACAGCAUUAUGUUAGGACGGCAGAGAUUUUGUACAGUUUUACAAAAAUAAUACAAUCAGAAAGGAAUAUUCCUUCACGAUUUUUUGGAUUACUAGUAGAAGCGCGACGAUGGAUGAGCUUAUUCCAACAUCACGAUGGCGUUACAGGCACGUCGAAAACUGUUGUCAUGGAUGAUUACGGCAAAAAAAUGUUUACCGCAUUAAAAAAUUCAGAAGAAAUAAUACUAAUGGCAACUGAUAUUUUAUUACGGAAACAAAUAUCACCAAAAUUUUCGAGUGUUCCGAGGUUAUCUAUGGAACAAUAUUUUAAAACAUUCGAUUCGCUUCCAAGCAAACGAACUGUGAAUCAGAAGAGUGAAAUGAUUUUAUUCAAUUCUCUGGAAAAUUCAAGAGUUGAGACGGUUUGUGUACACGUUAAUAAUUUGAAUACAGUUGUUGAAAUAGCAGGGUCAAAUAUACCAGUUUUGCAACAAAUUGGUCCGUUAAUUGAAUUUAUUGACGGUGACUGGGUUAUUGAUACCAGCUUAUAUGAGUUGUGUUUCAUUUCCAUGAUGGAACCAUUAAGCUUCAAAAAAUACGUGCUUAAAGCAGGUACAGCAAUUAGCAAAGCAAUCAUUCGAUUGAAUUUCACUGGAUUGGAGAGCAGACUUACUUAUUCUUUGUAA